AUGAAUAGAAAUGAACCUGCUUUUAAAAAUUAUAUAGAGUUUAUCAUAAAAAAUAAGCACAGCAGAGAUCUUAAAAUUUAUGGAGAAUCUCUCGCUCACAAAAAUCCCAAACUUGAUUCACGUAAAACUUUCACAAAACUGAAUCCAGAAUUUGACUCGAACAUUUCAAAUAAACUAAUAGGCUCAAACACAGAAAGUUUGACCAAAUUUAACAAGAAAUUACUCCCAAAUGGAAAUUUGACAGGAAAAAGCGAAUUUUCUAGCAAAAGUUAUGAUGGAAAAUUAAAAAGUACCGACCAGAAUUCCAGUUCUAUACUCUGGAUGUAUAGGAGCGAAAGAGGUUGGACACCUUUCUCUGGUAGUAACAACAUCUAUAUAGAAUCAAUGUACAAAAGUAAGAUAAAAACAAUUGUUAUCUACCCUUAUCAAAUUGAUUUCGCUAAUUUUAUUCAAACCAACCUACUAACAGGCACUGAAAGACGCAUUAUGAGGACUAACAAAAACAGUUUCUCCCUUAAUAAAAAUUGGGGAGGCCGGGAUUUAGUAAUGAUUGAUCCUCUUCUGAAUCUCCUAUCAUUUAAUACAUCUGAGAUUCUCAGAAAUAUUUUUAAUUUCCUCAACUUUGAUAAUAAUGAACCCAAACAUACUAACUUGAAAAAAACAAACCGCAAAGUUCCCGCCAAAAACAUUGUUGGCGGGCAUUUGGAUGUUAAACAAUUUAUUAUUCCCAGACUACCUAUAGAGAACUGUAAGGAAAAUAUAUUAUCAGAUUCUACAAAAAAAACAGUUCCUCCUGCAAAUUUAUCAUUAUCUCCACCGGGAGGAUAUAUGACCAGAUCUUCGACAAAUUAUGGAUUAAAUGUGAAAAAUAAGGGUAAGUGUAGGAUUAAUACUUACAGUAGAGUAGUGCAAAGUGAUGCUGUGAGUGCAAGUAUUGAUGCCAAUAACAAUGAUGAGAAAUAUGAGGGAAAUGGGCAUUCUGAUAACUCCAUAAACUUUAAUGGUCAGGAUUUAGAAGGAAAAGAUGAGAAACUUUCAUGUUUUUGUCCUGAAAUUAAACUCAAUGACGAAAUCAAAAAACCCAAAAUUUAUUUUCAUGAUAUUAUUGGUAGCAAUAUUUCUGUUAAUGGCGCCAAAGGAAGUUUUGAUUCUUCAUCAUCUUCUAGUACUGUAUCUAAUAAUGCAGUGGGUAUUUUGGGUGAGACAAAUAAAGAUGAUGGCGAGAAGGCAACUUUAAAGUCAUCAAAUGGAUCUAAAGGUCUGUUUUUCUUUACUCCUCAUAAAUACAGAAAGAGCGUGGGGAUUAUAGUACCCAAGAUUUUGUCGUGUAGACUUAAUAACAAGAAGACAACGAAAAGUUCAGAGAAAGAAGUUAACAAGUAUGUAAGGUUUAACUGUGGAUUAAUACCUUCAGACCAAUCAAAACACUCUUUAGGAGGAUAUAUAAGCACUCCUAGAAGAACCAAUUCGAGUUCUUCUAAGGAAAUUAGAUCAAAUAAGAAGAUUCACUCCAAAGAUUUGGAGAAAAAUAUUAACAAAAUCCCGAAAACCUCCAUAAUAGACGAUUCUCAUAACUUAUCACCACCUGACAAUAGUGUCACUAACCCCAUUCAAACUGAUGAUCUUAAGGCAUUUUCUGUCAAAUCUGCCUUUAUUAUUUUAAAUGAAGAUGCAAUUCCUUUUGAUAUUUCAGACAAUAGUAAGCCAGUUUCAAUAUUUGAUGGAGGUAGGGAAAUUGGAGUAGUUGGAGACGAAGGAACAGGUUACCUAAAUACACUGAACAGCUGGAGCAGAAUUGGAAGAAUGCAAAGCGAGUUUUUUGAAACAAUGUCAGAAGGAGAAUUUAUUAGUCGAAAAACAUCUAUGGAUAUUAAUGAUUUUGGGAGUGAUGAAGCUGCUUCAGAUUCUGAUGCUCGAUUUUUACUUGACGAGGACUCUAGAAAGCUAAUUAGUUUAGGAAACUUUGACAAUAGCACAGGAAGUCCUCGUAAGAUUAAUUGGUGGUUUAACCAUAGUGUCCGACAUAUUACCGUUAAGCUUAACUGUGAGAACAGCAACUUUAAUAAAAAAACAGCUUCUCUGGAAAUCAUCCCUCUUUUAAAACCUCUUCUAACAGGUUACAUGGAUGAACAAACAACAAUGAUGAGUAAAAUAGCUACUGAUGUUCAAAUUUCCGGAAUCUCAUCUCAUGUUUUACUAGGAUUAAAAAGCCUAGAAAUUAUUAGCUUGAGACCUAACAAAUCAGAAUUUCCUAAAAUUUCUGAGUUUUGCUUUACUGAACUCAAUAAUAUCAUCCCAAUUUCUCUUGAAGAGCUUUAUAUUGUUCAAUCAAUUAUUCCAAUUUCAAUAUUUUCUUUAUUAUUAACACGUUUUCCGGUACCCGCUGCGUCAACUUUUUCAUUUUCACUAAUUUGUAAUGAUGACGAGUUACCGAAUACAGGACUUCAGACCAUCCAAGUUAUCAAUUUACACUUAUCUCAGAACCCGUGUAGCUAUAUUAAAAGACGUAACAGAUAUGGAAUGCUUAAAGGAAAAAAACACUUAACGUAUUCAGGAGACUCUGCAUGUAGUCAUGUCCAUUUGGAUAUAUUUAGAAAGUAUAAUCACGUGAAAAUUUGUCCGUGGCUUGCUAUUUCAAAUUUUGUUGAUGAAUUUGUAUUAAGAGCUCCGAUACUUGUCAAAUGUAUAAUAGACCCACACAAUAUUAUGGUAGUUCCUUCAAUUAAUACUAAAAAUAUCUGUGAUGAUUCUCGUUCUUUAUAUGAAAAUAGAGAUCCACAAGGCAACUAUGGUACUAAUAAUAUUAGAGAGCUUUCUAGGGGUGCAGAAUUUGUGAUCAUGACAGCCAAUUUAAUUUUACCUCUAUUAAUCAUUCAAUCACAUUCUAUUCAGAAUAUUAUUAUAGGAGGAGAAGUUGAAGAUGACCAACUUGAUCCGUUAUUUUCCAAAACAGUUAAAAAGCUUAGAGUGGAUUCUAUUGUUUUUUCUUGUAAGUACCUCCCUUUUAAGUUUUUCAAAGUCCGAAACCUAGAUUUGUUUCUUGAUUUUAAUAUAGACAAAACAGAAUUGGGAAUUUUUAUUAGGAAUAGUAACUCCAAAGAUGGAACCAAGUCUUUGUAUUGUGAACAAUUACCAGGAGAACAAGAUCAGACUCAAAAUCAAGACUGUGAUAACUACUGUUUUCAGCAGCUCUACAACUCUAUUGAUUUUUGGAUUGACGAAUUCUCUGCUUGGCUAGACAAAUAUGUGUGUUGUGAUUCUAUUGAAAUUCUCCGUAUUAAUUUAUAUGUUACAUCUAGGUACCUUGAACUGAAGGUUAAUAACAAUAAUGUUAACAACAAUAAUAGCAAUAAUUCUACUUAUAAAGAUAAUAAUGUUUAUUAUGGUAUUUAUGAUGACCAUCUAAAUAAUCAAAAGUGCAAACAUCGUUCUCAUCAUGAACAAACUAAUCCUGAAACUGUGUGUCUAAGUAACGAGAAUUUUACUAGUUUUGUAAGAGAAGGAGAAGUUGGUGUUAUUGAUCAUGUUACUGUGGAUCCAAGAAACAUCUUUGACUUUGACCCAUUUUACCAAAAGUUCUUGGCUAAAACUAAGGUCAACCAUAACUCCUUGAAUGAUGUUAAAAUAAAAAUUUGUAUUUCUAGUCACCUACAAAACUUUAUCUUCGAUGCAAUAAAUCUUGACUGA